CGGCUCAACCCAAAAAGGCCGAGAGUGUUCUCUCUCUAAACCACAGCCGGCUCUAGGUUUCCCAGCCGGCUCAACCGCAGACGACCCGACUUGGACCCGCUUUACAGCCGACUUUCCUGCAGAUUCUUUAAAUAGUCGGCCUUCUCUCUCUUCGAACUAGAUCUGCCAUUUUCCUCUCCCAAAACUCGCCAUUCACUCUCCCAAACACCAAAAUCCCUCCAAAUCUCCAAAACCCAUCCCUUAAACACUCAAAUACCAUCAAAUCCUUGCCUACCCAACACAAAACCUCAAGCUUUUCACUUCAAUUUGUGUGGGAUCUGUUGUAUUUUUGGUGUGGCUGGUAUUUUUGUUGGGAUUUCUCUCUCAUGGCUUCAAGAAGGGCUGGAAGUAAAAGGAGACAAGUGGGUAGUUCUAGCACCGGUGGUCAAGCUCAAGAAGAAGAAGGUAACAUCUCCCAAUCAAAUCUCUUUUUGGAUACCCAAGCCUCUGCACAGUAUGAAAUUAUCAAGAAUAUGGCUGUUUUACCAUGCAAUUGUGUGAAAUUCAGUCAAUUUCCUCAAGGAGAUAUGCAUGUUGAACAAAUGUUUAGGGAACUUGGGUGGAAGAAUUAUGUAGAAAUUAAAGAGCAUGUGUACUAUGAAGUUGUUCAUCAGUUUUAUGCUAAUUUGAAACCAAGAGGGAAUAGAUGCAAAACUAUGGUUGCUGGGGUGUCAUUUCAGUUUUCUCCAAGGAAUAUUUGUGCUGUAUUAGAUAUACCUGAAGGAGGAGAUGAUGAGUUUCUAGAUGUGAAUCAUGCCUUAGUUAGAGCCACAAUUGCCCCCAAUUGCACUGAAAAUCAAAUUAAAGUGGGGUCUCUUACACCAGAGAAUAGAGCAUUGCAGUGGAUUAUAUCUCGCAUUAUUGCUCAGAGGAAGGGUUCUAAAUCUUAUGUUCUUGCCAGUGAUCUUCCUUGGUUUGAUUAUCUUCUUAACGGAAAAAGGGUGAACCUAGGAAGAUACAUUUUCCGGAGCAUAAUCAAGCCUUACUCACCAACUACAGGACUUCCUCAUGGUGCUCUAAUUACCAGAUUGGCGAAAAGGAACAACAUUGAUCUUACAUCCUUUGGGUUCGGAACGGUUCCCGGUGGGACUACACUUACCAAAGCUUCUUUUGAAAAAAUGGACUGUUUGUUUAGAAAUGGCACUUGGAUAAAGAAAGGGGAACAAGAAGGAGAUGAAGAAGAAGGUGAUACAGAUCAAGAAAUGGCAGAACAAGGGGCAGAAGAACAUGAAGAUGACAGCCCAAGACCAUUUCGAGUCUCCAUGCAAAGAACCAACCGUGAAACCAUGGAGUUAAUGAUAUCUGAGAUGCAGCAGCUGCACACCGACUUUUAUGGUUUCCGGAUAGAAGUGAGAGAGAGAAUGACUAACGUGGAAGGAAAGCUUGAUCGGCUUGUUAACCAUUUUUUUCCUCCACCCCCACCUGAUGCCAUCUAACUUGAUAUUUCUUUAGUUUGGCUAAUCUUUAGGAUGGACAUCUUAGGGUUAUGCAUUUUAUGUUUUAUUUGACUAUGGAUAUGUUUGAACCUUUUUAUGCAUUUUAUGUUUUAUGAAUGGAAAUGGCAUUACUUGUGUUAUCAUGCUUUGUGAAUAGUUGUUUAUGAUUUUGAUGAUAAUAUGCUCUUAUUGAGGGGGAGUUUAUUGGUUGAUGAUUGUAUUCAUGACUUUUGUUGUCUAUGGUGCUAUAUUGAUGAUGAUUGAUGAUUAUAUUCAUUACAUAUUCUUGAUGUUUUAAAGGUUGAUAGCAUGAAGUGAGGGGGAGCAUUUUGUGCUUAAAUUACUUUUCUUAAUGGUUAUCAUGCUUAAAUGCUUUAAAGAUUGAUGUGCAUGAAUUAAGGGGGAGUUUGUU